CUUUGACACUGGGAUGGGCAGUGAAAGCGCUUCUCCGUGCACAAGAACAGACGGAUGUCAUUUAUGAAAUAAAUACACUGCGAUUCACCGGAGAAUGACCUAGAAAGAGAUCCGGGGAAAAGAGGAAAGGAUUGGUCGAGUUAAGAUGAGUUUGACAUCCUGGUUCUUGGUGAGUGGCGGGGGAACAAGGCACCGCCUUCCCCGGGAAAUGAUCUUUGUGGGACGGGACGACUGUGAGCUUAUGCUACAGUCUCGCAGUGUAGACAAACAGCACGCUGUCAUCAAUUAUGAAGUAUCUGCAGACGAACAUAAAGUUAAAGACCUGGGCAGUCUGAAUGGGACAUUUGUCAAUGAUGUUCGAAUACAAGAACAGCAGUAUAUGACUUUGAAAAUGGGUGACAAGCUACGGUUUGGCUAUGAUACCAACCUAUUCACAGUGGUGCGUGGAGAGUUACAUGUCCCAGAGGAGGCACUGAAGCAUGAAAAGUACACCAGCCAGCUGCAGCUGACGCAAAAGCUCUCCUCAUUAGUAGAAACCACCAAAAGUCCAGAGGUUAAAGGCGCAGAGGGAGGAAAAGAGACCAAACCCUCUGAACCACCACCAAAGGCAGAGGAGAAGUUGCCAGGUGACAUAGCUGCUCUUCACAGAGGAACCCCUCUGUAUGGACAGCCAUCUUGGUGGGGCGAUGGUGAUGCAGAUGAUGAAAAUUCUUUGAAACAUGACACAAAGGCUCCUGACCAAAGACAAGCCAGGUGUGAAACAGGCCGCAAGGACAAUCCAACAAAGCAGCAGGUUGGGUCAGGAACCACAGCACCGAACUUGGGAACCCAGGAGCCAAGUUACUUUGAGAUUCCUUGUAAGGAGACUCCACCAGUGGGGUGUGGCACAGGAGAAAGUUUUCCUGUUAGCACAGAGGCAGCAGCAUCAGCUUCCACCAUCCCAGCGCAGGAGGGUGGAGUGCCUGGACACGCUUCCUUCACUAUUGAGUUUGACACAGUGGCUUCAGGAAAAGGCAAGGACAAGGCUGUGAAGGGUUCCCAAGACAAUCGCCAACGGCCGAAAAGAGGGGGAGGGGAGGAGCUGAGUGCCUUGCAGGCUGCUAUGGUGGCAGCGGAGGUUAAGGUGGCGGACUGGCUUGCACAGAAUGAGCUGCCACUGGCCCGCUCAGAAUCUGUAGCAGAGGAUGAUGGAGACAGCGUGAAAAGUGAUGUGCCAGUGCAGCUGAAAAGCCUCAGAGGCAGCAAGCAUGAGGAUGGAACUCAGAGUGACUCUGAGAAUGCUUUGGGAGAACAGAUCAGCAGCCGAAGGGCGUUCCUGCAGGAGCGUUACAGAGGAAGGCAGGGUGUGUCAAGGACAGAAGAACAUUUUUGUGGGAGGGAAGAUCUCUUCCAGCAUAAACCAUCAUCUGCAUCUAAAAAGAUGGCACCAGUAGGGGGUGAGGAUAGCGAAAAAGCAACCCGUUCUUCACCACAGAAAGCCAAAACACCCAGACAGCAAAGCUUUGGGUCUCAAGAGACUACUAAUAAGGGACAAAUAGAUGACCAAAGCGACAGAGGGACCUACACUAUAGAGCUGGAAAAUGGCAAUGCUGAGGAAGAAGAGGCCAGACGUAUGAUUGAUAAGGUGUUUGGGGUGGAGGAUAAUCAAGCCCUGACACAACUGCGUUUCCCAAAGCACCAAAGAGAUAGAGGCACCAUCUCUCCAAGAUCUGGAACCAUGGAAACAACACAAGCUGGUUAUGUGUUACCAGAUGACUUGGUUGUAGCAGGUGGUCCAAGGUGGAUCUCACAGUGGACUAGCCUAGCUGCAAGUCAUAUACGAACAGAUCCUGAGGGAUCUGGGGCUGAACCCACUAUGCUUACCACGGAUAAGAAAGAGGACACAUCAGGACACUCAGAACGUAAGCGAAGGACCCUCCCACAGCUUCCCUCUGAAGACUCUGCUAUGGAACCAGUGGCUCCAGAAAGCCAAAGAAGACAAUUCAGGCAAACAGUGCCUCUGUCUGAGAAACAGGACCUAGAACUUCAGGAGAAAGCAGAUCAGUUUCAUAGAAUUUCCAAAACUGGACAAAGAGUGGCAGAAACAACCUUAGCAAGCAAAGACUUAGAUCGGUCCAAAGUGAGCAAGCAAGCUUCAACCAAAACUCAUGACGUGGGGUGUAAGGUUGGUCAACAAGGACCUCAAUCAAGACAGACUGUAGGGGGUGAGAAGAAACAAGAUGAUGGGAGACGGAAAAAAGUUGUGGAGGACAGGGAAAAGACUGGGAAGCCGCUAUUGAGACAGGAAAGCUUUACAGUAGAAAGACCAAGUGCUAAUGUUCCCCUGGAGCUCAUACCUUGCAUCGAUGGGCCUGGUACCUCAGUCCAGCCAAGGGAAAUGGGUGUUAUCAGUGAGGCAAUUGAUGUUGUCAAUAUGUUAAAAGACUCAGAGGCUGUAGCUUCUUUUUUGGAAACCACUCUAUCAGACCUUGCAGAUCCACCCAGCUACUCCCUGGAAGGCUCUGUCUCACCUGAAUCUGACAUUGAUACGACAAGCACUGUCAGUCAAGCUGGGGGAGAGGGAAGACGAAAAACAGCCCAAAGGAAACAUUCGUCUGGAGGUCCAGAUCGUGAUACUAAUAAGCACACCAGAGCAACUGAAAGAAAGAGCAAGACUCAGCCCGCUGGCUCAGCUGGAUCAAGGGCUUGGACGUCUCUCGACCUAACAGAUGAUGACUUAAGCUCUUCUUUUACACAAGACACUACAUCUUCCAAGAGACCACAUGGCCGGGGACAAAAUAUCAGCUCUAGGGCAGAGCCUACAGGUGGCAAAACUAGAGGAGCAAAGACAACAGUUGCUCCUGCACCGGUUACCUCUAAACCAAGCACCCAGCCCAGACCAACACGGGCUUCUCUCCUUCGCCGUGCACGACUGGGCGACACUUCUGAUCAUGACCUUGGAGAUGCCGACCGUAUGUCGGUCGCUUCAGAGGCUUCUACCGCCAGUUCUACUUCAAGACCUUCAGCUGGCCGUAGGACUCUCUCUCGGAUUGAGGCGCUUGCACAACCACGAAGGCCAAGAGUGUCUUCGCCUUCAGCUCGGAGUGAUUCAGAGGCUACAUCAGGCAGGAUCAGGGGUUUCACCCCACGCCCAGCCCCUGAGAGUGCACUGCGCCUGGGUCUCCGGUCCACAGCACCCUCUUCCACUGUGGUAGUCCCCAGAGCAAGAGCGAACAGUGCUUCCAAGUUGCCUGAUAAGUGUGCUGGUGCUCCUCAUGUACAAAGUACACCAGCAGCAAGUGGAAAAUGGCGCCGUGUACCCAUUGAAUAUGCUUCUACCUCGGAGGAUGAGUAUGGCUCGAACCGUCACCCCACCCAGCACACCCGUCUACGUCCAAUAGCUCCACAGGUGGCUCAGUUAGGGGGUUCAGCCCCUGCGACACCCAGCCCUGGUGGUGUCUUCAUGCUGCGACACCAGUCCAGCAGAGAACAGGAUGAUUAUAUGAGAGACUGGACUGCUCACAGUGAAGAGAUUGCCAGAAUCAGCCAAGACCUGGCAAAGGAUUUGGCCAUGCUGGCACGCGAGAUUCACGAUGUUGCCGGUGAGAUUGACUCUGUUAGUCCCUCCUCCGCUCCCUUGACUUCGGUUGAGGACCGUGUGUUUGAGGACGUCCUUGGCAGUGCUCCAGAAAUCAGUAGCAAAGGAGUAGAAUUAAGACCUCGUGGUGUUAUCAGCAGUCAGGAUUCUCGAUCCAUCCGCCGCCGUACCUGGAACCGUGAUGAGGGUGUACUGGACAGUUUGUUGCUGGCAUCGGUUUCCCAGCUCUCAGCAAAAAUCAGACAAGCUGUGGAAAAGACAGCCAACAAAAUCAGGAUUUUAUUCAAAGACAAGGACCGAAAGUGGGAAGAGAUUGAGAGCAAACUGCAGGCAGAGAAUGAGGUGCCUCUCCUCAAGACAUCCAAUCAGGAGAUCUCUUCAAUACUACAGAACCUGAAAAAAGUGGAACGACACUUGCUGGUGAUUGAUAUUAUCGUAGACCCUGAUGGUACUUUGGAUGCUCUGAGCAGUUUGGGUUUGAUCAGCCCACUGAUGGCCGAUAACAGAAUCAGUCCUGGCACACAAGAUCCAGCUGGCACUCAGGAUGGAGAAGGAUCGGCCAGUACCACUGCAUUACCCUCUGCAUAUUCAGAGGUCGCUGAACGAGAUCUUGGCCUGCAGGAGAAGAGCAAAGAGCAGCACACUGCCAAUACAAACUAAAUGACUGUAAAGAGUUUCUGCCGAGAUCCUGCAAUGGUUUUAAAGGCCUGAUCGACAGAGACUUGUGUGAAUAAUGUAAGGUAUGCUGUAAAACUUCCUAUAUGGCACUGCAUUUAAAAGUCUGCUUGAUAAAUUCUAUAUAUCAAUGGACGUAUUUUAAAUAAAGAAAAUAUUUUGAAAUAUAAAACAAAUACAACCCUAUAGUCAGAAUAAUUAGUACUGUAGAUGAUGCGAUUAAAGGGCACCUACUGUAUGGUCCGAUUCAGGAUUUCCUUUGGUGUGUAAGUGUGUAUUAGUACAUGUUAACCGUAUGCAAAAGGUACUAACCCCAAAGUAAACGAUGGCGCGAGUUAUUGUCUCCAACGUAAAUCUCUUUUCUUUGACUACAACAAACACACGGAUUGUAGGCAACAGUUUACUUCCUGGGAUUAGUGAUAAAGACCGACAUUAUCAUAAUUCCUCUCGCUUCGGUCUCAACCUGUAAGUUAACUCCUGUUAGCAUUGCAUUGUGAGCGAAUCUUUCAAACAUGGUAAAGAGCGUCACAUCUCCGGCUGACAGCAGAAGUAUUCAGGCCAAUCACAACGUACAAAUUAGCUGGCCAAUCAGGGACACAGAGCUUUUCAAAUCGAUGAAUUGUGUACAAAAAUCAGUGCGUUUGUACGGUAUGUGGAAAAUAUUGUGUUUUUUUACCAUAAACCAGGCGAACACAUUGUAUUAUACCAAAUACUCAAAAUAACGUUGUUUUUAGUAAUUAAAUAGGUGCACUUUAAAGUUAUUGAGCACAUGAUCAUUGAUGAGGAAGUGUGAUGUGAAGGAUUAAUGCUAUAGAUUAUCCAGAAAUGAGAUCAUACUCUUAUAUUGUCAAGUUUUAGCCAAUUUUUCUGCUUUGUAAACUGGGUCCAAAAUGAACACUUACCACAUUGCCAGAUGCUAAUAAACAUUGGCUUUGCUAAGUAAAUACAACAAAGUUACUCCCCAUUUGGAUGAUCGUUUAAUUAACACAUAGGUUUGCCAACUUUCUGAAAUACAGGACGAAAGGUGGCCUGCCUCAGCAGUGCGAAAAUGGUUUCAUGUAUACAAGGGUAGGCAACGUCGGUCCUGCAGAGUUUAGCUUCAGCUCUAAUCAAGCACACCUGACUACAUGGAUUAAAGAUUUCCGUCAAUUGCAAAAUUAUUAAAUUCACUUUUCAUAAAGAUGACGUGUAUUCACCUUUUUUAAGUGGGAUGUGAUCAAGGCCUGGAGUGGAGCCAAAUCACGUUCCUCUCUCCACUUUAAGUGUUCUGUAAUCACUACAGACCGGAUCCACUCCGGGUUUUCUGGCUGUAUCACGUUAAGCUGAGGUAAAACUUUAUUUAUAUUCAGCUAGCAUCGACAAACUUAUAAUGCAGGAAGGCUCUGAUGUUUUUGAGAUUGAUAAAGGUGUAAAAGACCAAUGGAGAAGGACUUAGCGAAAUGAUGAAGAUUGGCAAGCCUUUCAGUUUGUGGGAUAAGAAAACCAAACAGCCAGGUAAUUUACGUGUCUUUGCGAUUAGGGGUCCUGUAUUUUGGGGGUAAAUGAUUUCUCACGUACGUGAUCACCUGCGUCCCGUUUUUGACUGCUAUGCUCAUCAGGCCAAUUGCUGAUACAACGGGUUUGUUAAACUGGUGGGUAAACUUAAUGUGGUGCCACAAGAACCAAGAGGCAGAUGACAUCCAAAUCCAAAGAUUCAUUAAAGGUGGUGAUAUUCAUGUUUUCUUUUUAUAUAGUGAGUUAUUUAGCUGUUUCGCCUUCAUCUUAAAUGCCAUGCAAACUACAGCUACCUAUAUACUGUAUGCCACAGGAGACUUUAAUAUGGAAUUAAUGGCAAAAAAAUCUCCCCUUAAAAUGCUAUUAAGUUUUAGUUAAAGGAAUAUGACUUGGCCUAAAAACCAUUUCAGUCAGAAGAAUUUUUUUCACUUUAAUCCAUGCCUGACUAACUAAUCAAUGUCUAAAGUGUCACCUGAAAACUACAGACAGCCAAAGUUUUAUCAGCGUUGGAACUAAAAUCUGCAGGACAUUGGCACUCCAGGACCGACGUUGCCUACCCCUGGUGUAUACAGUCAGUGUAUUUAAGCCAUUUGUCAAAUGAUUAAAUAAUUAAAUGAAGAGUUUAGUUGCAAAACGAGAUAAGUCCGUUUUUUUAAUUGUUCAUAAAUCUUGUUUUUUGGUUGUGCUUUCCAAUUAACAUCAAUUCAACUGCAGUUGGUUUAUUUUGAUUAACUUAAAAAAUACAGCUAAGUAGCACCAUAAAACAAAAUAAUAACAUGAUAAAAUAAUAAUAAACAUGUUUUGACAAAAAUGUAAAAAAAAUGGAUUUAUCUCGUUUUGCAACAAAACUCUUCAAAUAUGAAUUGAUAACUCUUAUGCCUUGGCAACCUACGGUAGGUUUAUUAAUAGUUUGUUAAUUUCAGCAGGUAAAUUACAACCCAGUCCAUAGGUAAUUGAUCCAUUACCUUUACUAUCUGUCUAAAACAAAACACUUGUGACUCUUGCACUAAGGGUAAAAAACUUUAUCUCCUUCAUGUUAAUCUAACGUGUGACACCUGGUAGAGGUGUUAGUGAGAUCCGCAGGGGGUGCUCACCCUGUGGUCUGUGUGGGUCCUAACACCCCAGUAUAGUGAUGGGGACACUAUACUGUCAAAAAGCACCGUCCUUCGGAUGAGAUGUUAAACCGAGGUUCUGACUCUCUGUGGUCAUUAAAAAUCCCAGGAUGUCCUUUGAAAAGAGUAGGGGUGUGCCCCGGCAUCCUGGCCAAACUUGCCCAUUGGCCUCCUAAUCAUCCCUCAUACUAAUUGGCUAUAUCACUCUAUCUCCUCUCCACUAAUAAGCUGGUGUGUGGUGGGCGUUCUGGCGCAAUAUGGCUGCCGUCGCAUCAUCCAGGUUGAUGCUGCACAUUGGUGGUGGUUGAGGAGAUUCCCCCGUUCAUAUGUAAAGCGCUUUGAGUACUGAGAAAAGCGCUAUAUAAAAUGUAAGGAAUUAUUGUGUGACAAACUAAAACUAACAUAGAUUCUGUGAGCUGUAGUUUUUUUGGAGUCAACAGAGCGUGAGAUUUCCCUAGCAAAAGCUUUGGGACAUUUCAGAUAGAGGCGUUAUAGGCAGGUCUGGAUCAGCAAUCUCUUCAGAAUUGAGACCGAACUUUGUAACUUUGCAGAUCUUUACAUGCACAAACAGCUAAAUAACCCACUAUAUAAAAAACAAAUAUGAAAUCGAAUUGGUUGACCCUCUUAAACGUAUAGUAAUUGUGCUUGAAGGGGGUCUGUGAUUGGAUUAAAGGUGUAAGAGAUCAUUCUCAAGUGUCAUGUCAGCAAUGCUGCUUUUGGUGGCGCCGUAAGAAUUGACAGGUGGAUGACAUCAAAGUACAGCGAGAGCAUUUCAAUAGCAGUCUCUUUUGUAUGAUGUCUCAGAUCGCUCUAGUGGGAUUUUAAUGUUAUUUGCCACUUAGUUAUGGUAGCAGUCAAAAAGCAGGGCACUAGACUUCCCGUACAGGACAAAUAAAUUAGGCUCAACAUCCGUGAUGUCCCGGUUUAUACGGGACAGUUGGCAACCCUAUUGACACACAACAAAUGGUUCAAAUCACCAGCUGUUAAAUGAACAUAAAACAAACGUUGUGCCUCGGUGGAAAAUUUACUACCUAAAGUUUAUCAAGAACGUCUAAAAAACAGAGCGGUCAUGAAGUAUGUGAAAUAUUUCUUGCAUUAAAGCAACACUAAAGAGUUUCUGCUCAUUGCUCCCCCUACAGGUUGGAAGCAGAAUUGUCCAUUACCACUGUCGUAAAUAAUUUAGCCUACUGCAGCAAAGCUGGCUCUGAUUGGAUUGUAGGUCUGCUGUAAAGCAAGUUUUUGUAGUUUUCACUCGAACUACAGGACCGCGACUCGACGGCUGGAAACUUCUUUAGUGCGGUUUUGGCCGAUAGAGGGCUGCAAAGCGAAUGUGAAAGUGCCGUUCACCCUGUUUCGAGUGGAUGAACAACUGAAACGUUUUUGUGUCCAUGGCACGAAAUUCUUUUUUUUUUUGUGCCUUGAGCACGGCUUUAUUUUUCUUGUAAUUUUAUGUAUUGUUUUCUCAUUUUGUCUAUUUUUAAAUCAUCACGCUCGGGGGCUAGAUUUGAGGUUUGGGUUAGGAUGUACUUUUAUGUAUUGGUUUCUACAUGUUUUUCUUCCGCUUUUAAAACUAUUCCCGCCUGGAGUUGGGGUUAGAGUUGGGGUUUGGGUUAGGAUGUCUGAAAAUGUAACAGAACCCAAGCGACAAUGGUAAAAAAACAGAAAAAAAAUUGAAAACAAUACAUAAAAUGACAUGAAAAAGAAAGUCGUGCAACGGAGACGAAAAACUAUUUAUAGAAAUUUGUGCGAAUUACACGAAAAAGACAUUCGUGCUCAAGGCAGGAAAAAAAGCUACAUUUCGUGCCAAGGACACAAAUAAAUGUAUCAAAUUUUGCGUGACUAAAACAACUUUUUGUGAGAUCAGUUUGGGAAAAGCUUAGUACAUGCACCAAUUAUAUGUGAAAUAUAAAUAAAAAGUGCUCUGACAACGAAUUAAAUGUUUUUCAAACUACAAUACUAAUGUCAUGCUAGAGGUGCAGACUAAAGAAAGUUUGUUGAAAGUGAAAAUUAAAACUUAAAGGUCUACUGUGUAGAUUUUAAACGGCAUUAUACCCCUCCCUUUCGAAACGCAUAGAGAAGCUACGGUAGCUGCCACAGGACAAACAUGUCAUCGUCUGAGAUAACGAAGUGACAAAACGCGCUCUGUAGAGCAGUUUGUCUGUUUAGGGCUACUGUAGAAACAUAGCGCGCAAAAUUGCAACUUCCAUGUAAGGGGACCCGCGAUGUAGAUAAAAACGGCUCAUUCUAUAGUAAUAAAAAGAAUACAAUUAAUUUUGUAAGCUCUUUAUACUAGGGGUGCUCCGAUAAAUCGCCUGAUGAUGCUUGAAAAAAGAGGAGGCAGCCUUUUUGGGCUUAACUUCUAUAUGUUACAUUAGUAAUACGUUUGCUUAUAAUGUUGAUUUAUAGCCGCAGCAAAUUUAGCUGCUUGUGCUAUCGUGUAUUAUGUUAUGCUAUCUGUCGAUUUUCUGUGCUUUUCACUACAUCUAUUAUGUAAAGCUGCUUUGAUACAAUUACCAAAUUGUGAAAAGCGCUAUAUAAAUAAAUAAAAUUGAAAUUGAAAUUGAAAUGCCCUUACAUCCAAAUGCCAGAGGGCGCUCUUGUGCAGAAACUCAAUGUGCGCUUCAGACGAA